AUGCCAUCUCAAGCGUGCGGAUGGGCUGCCCUCGCCAUGAAGGCGAAGCUGGAGCCUUUCACCUUUGACCGCCGUGACGUCGGUUGUGGCGACGUGGCGAUCAAGAUCGCGUUCUGCGGUGUGUGCCACAGCGACCUGCACCAGGUCCGCGAUGAGUGGGGCGGCUCCACGUACCCGAUGGUGCCCGGCCACGAGAUUGUGGGCCACGUGACGAAGGUGGGCUCGGCUGUAACCAAACACAAAGUGGGGGACAGGGUGGGCGUGGGCUGCAUGGUCGACUCGUGCAUGAAGUGCCGCCAGUGCGAGCGCGGCCUGGAACAGUAUUGCAUGAAUGGCGCGUCGUUUACCUACAACGGCACAGAGCAGGACAAGAAGACGCCCACAUAUGGAGGCUACUCCGACCACAUAGUGGUUCGCGAGCACUUUGUUGUGAGAAUCCCGAUGAACCUCGACCUGUGCGCUGCGGCACCGCUUCUCUGCGCUGGCGUCACGACGUUCUCUCCGCUGCGGUACUGGGGUGUGAAGAAGGGCACCCGCGUGGGCGUGGUUGGUCUUGGCGGCCUGGGCCACAUGGCCGUGAAGCUGGCGAAAGCGAUGGGUGCGGAAGUGACGGUGUUCACGCGCUCUCCUAACAAAACUUGUGAAGCUAAAGCCCUCGGUGCACACCACGUCGUCAACACGACUAAUGAGCAGGAGAUGAAAUCGGUUGAGGGGUCGCUGGACGUGAUUGUGGAUACGGUGGGCAUGAGCCACGACCUCUGUCCCUACAUGAAGACGCUGGACAUCGACGGCAAGCUUGCACUGGUCGGCAUGCCGGAGCACAAGCACCCGCCGGUGGACCCCCGCCACAUGAUCGUCACGCGCCAGUGCGUUGGCGGAUCGGUCAUUGCCGGCAUCCCUGAGACGCAAGAACUGCUUGACUUCUGCAGUGAGCACAACAUCACCGCGACGGUGGAGAAGAUCAGUAUUAAAUACAUCAACGAGGCGUACGAGCGCAUGCUGAUGAGCGACGUGCACUACCGCUUUGUAAUUGACAUGGCGUCACUGAAGGAGUAG